AUGGAUGUCGUUCCUGCAGCGGUCCAGUGGGGUGCUCCUGCACGCACUGCCCCGGAGGUGAACCUCAUCUUCCUUCUGGGCCAUGUUGGCCUGGUCUCUUCGCCUUUAUGGGCUUUGGCAUGUGGCGAAAUCGGUGUGUACGUGCUCGUUGCCAUAGAAUCCAUCUUCCUUCUGAUGGGAGCUUAUGCAAUUCUGGCAGCCUUGCGGAUGGCUUGGAUACUUCGUGGACGAAGGCAGAUCGCCUCUUGUUCGCAGGGCAGCCGAAGCUCCGAAGAUUGCGAAGCAGGCUGCCAAGACAGCUGCAAAGCCAGCUGGCAGCAUUUGGUGUGUGUACCCAUCUACAAGGAAUCCGACGAGAUGGUCCUGGCCACGGUCACUCGACUUAAUCUGUCUACAGCCGCACCGCGCAUGAGAGUGGUCUUCGCGAUGGAGGAGGCCACUGAUCGGACGGAGGAGCGUUUUGAUCUCUACAAGAGCUGCCUUUCAAACGUGCCCGAGGUGUGCUUUUACGUGCAUCCGGCGGGCGCUUCGAAGGGUGAAAUUCGAGGCCUUUGCUCUAACCUGGCUUACGCCUUGUCCCAAGACGUCACUGCACUUCUCCAGCGCGGCGAUGGUAGCCUUGAGACCAUCUCGAAGUACGAGUAUAAUCGUUUCUAUUUCCGUAUACCCAUACCAUGCGUUCUGACGAAGUUGGACUCCCAAGUUCAUCUACCUCCGAACUACUUCGAAGACCUCGAGCUGCUGUCUUGCCAAGCCACCACCUCCGAAGCUGUCGUCUGGCAGCCGCUGCCGGUGAGCCUGCUGAACAGGGAGCAGAGCUAUGGACCCUCGCGCGCGCUUACGUCCAUGCGGACCUUUUGUUACCCGACCUUGUUCGGGCUGGACGUCAUGGUGGUCACUUGCUACAGCCUGCCCCUUCUGCAGUACGUGAAGAUGGGCUAUCACCAUCCCGGGUACAUGGGUGAAGACAUGAUGAUGCUGGCCCAGGCAGCUGUUUGCCAUCGCCGGGCUCGCGUAGUGAUGCUGCCAGUUUUGGUAGCCGUCGCGCCACCAAUCGACAGCACUUUAUGUGGGUCCAUGAUGGAGGCCAAUCGUCAGGGUGUUCGAUGGGCAGCGCAAACGGCGGAGGUUGCAGAAUUCUCGUGGAGAUUCAGAGCAAAAGGAACUAGCUGCCGCAGCCUAUGGGGGCUCUUGAAAUACUGGCUUGUGCGGAUUGCGUUGAUCAAUGGUCUAGGACUUUUCAGCCUCUCCCUCGCCGUUGCCACGGCCGCAUUCGCCACGAGUUUUCCACAUGACCAAGCCUUGCUCCUCCAAAUCUUGGACAAGCUGUUGCAGUUGGUGAUUGUGCUGCUGCUCUUCGUGAUUCCCUGCUAUGAGCAGUACCUGGCGUCCCUAUCUCCGGAUCCUGGUCCUUGUUAA